GUCCGCUUUCUAUUCUCACAAUCACUCUCGCUCCUCUUUUUCAAUCCAGAUGCUAAAAGAAUCAUCCUUUAUUCAACACAACCACCACUUACAUUUCCCUUUCUACCCCUUGAUUCCUCCGCCACCGCCCUCUCCUCCUCCUCCACCACCACCACCACUACCACCACCGACGCCGCACUAAUCGAAUUCAUGUAUAUCAUUCAAACACCGGCCUCAAUGUUUCUCAGUUCAGGUCUCGUCCUCGGCGCCGGUUUAAUUAUUAGGAUUUGAGCUAAAUGCUGGUCCCUGGAAUUCUAGGGUUUCACGGCAUCCUCGUCGUUUGUUUGCUUGUUUUUGGCGUUGUAAUUCGGCAGAAAUGGAGGGAUUCCGCUGUCAGAAAGGUGAAGGUUACGAAUCUCCUCAAUGCCGUCGCCGAGGAAUCGCUCAUGGUGGAAUUCGAAGCUGCGAAUCAGUACGAUUCCAUGCCGCGGUUCUAUCAAUGUGCUGUCUGUUUUCUUCCCACCACCACUCGUUGCUCCCGGUGCAAAGCUGUUCGUUACUGUUCUGGUAAGUGUCAAAUUAUUCACUGGAGACAAGGUCACAAGGAUGCGUGUUGUCCCUUGAUUUCUACCAUGCCAUUGAGAGAGGAAGGUAGCAUUGUUGGUGUAACAGCAUCACAAAAACAGUUAGGAAGUUAUAGUAAUGAUUCUGAGAUAGAAGGCAAUGUUUCUUCUGAAGCUGUAUCAAUGAAAGAUAAUGAUGUGAAUCUUAAGCCUUGUGCAGAUGAAGAAGGAACACAUUUUGAUUUUCCGUCUAGCAAUAUUGACAGACCAGAGAGACCUAGUGCUGAUGCUGUUACUCCUAUGCCUGGAACAAGGACUAGAGUCAAGAAGAUGAAACAGAAAAUGUCACCAUCUUCAGAGUCCAUUAAUUCAGUUGAUGAUAUAGGUGGCACUUCUCUUGCAAGUAAAUCAAAUGAUAUGCAAUUGAGUCAAAAUGAUGAAGAGGUUAACUUCAGAUCGCAGCUUCCGAAUGGGAAGACAACCAUGCCAAAUGAUGUCCAACCGGGAAAAUUGGGUGAUAAGAAGCCUGUUGGAGGAGGUGCUUUGCCUGAAUUGUUAAUUAAAGACCCUUCUAAAUCCAGGAGCUCUUUAUUUUUGAGUUCUUCAAGGCCAGAUUCUGUAAUUAAAGAUAGUAAAGAUGAUUUUAAGCUCCCUAAGGGAAAAGAUAUUCCAUCUUCAUCAUUUUCUGCUCCUCGGACAUCUUCGGCUGCAGCAGGUCAAUCACAUACCAUAUCUAGGUCUGUGUUCCUCACAAAAAAUAAUAAUAUUCCAAGCCUGCCACAAAAUGCUUGUCGUGGGUUUAAAACAUCGGUGCAGAAGGUUGUGCAGCAGUUUAGAGCUUCCAAACCAUUGAAGUCUCAUGUGCUUGGUUCAGAGACUGAGGUUGCUGAAAAUUACAACGACAAGACAAUAUUUCCGUAUGAUCUAUUCACGAAACUUUACUCUUGUGAUGAGGUGGAAUUAUCCCCAUUUGGCCUUACAAAUUGUGGAAACAGUUGUUAUGCUAAUGCUGUGCUCCAAUGCUUGGCAUUUACUCAGCCUUUGAGUUCCUAUCUUGUUCAAAGGCUCCACUCCAGAGCUUGUCGAAAGAAAGAGUGGUGUUUCAUUUGUGAGUUUGAGCGCCUAAUUCUGAAGGCAAGGGAGGGAAACUCUCCUGUGUCCCCCAUAGGUAUACUAUCCAAGAUUGAAAAAAUCGGAAGUCAUCUUGGUCAUGGGAGAGAAGAAGAUGCUCAUGAAUUUCUAAGGUGUGCUGUGGAUACAAUGCAAUCUGUUUGCCUCAAGGAGGUUGGGACCCAAGGAAAAUUAGCAGAAGAAACAACUUUAAUAGGCUUGACUUUCGGGGGUUUCCUUUUAUCUAAGAUCAAAUGCUUGAAAUGCCACAGUAAAUCUGAGUGGUGUGAGCGGAUGAUGGAUCUAACUGUUGAGAUAGAUGGGGACAUUGAAACACUUGAAGAUGCUCUUGCCCAAUUUACAGCUACUGAGAUCUUGGUUGGAGAGAACAAGUAUCAUUGCGACAGGUGUAAAUCAUAUGAGAAAGCCAAAAAGAAGUUGAUGAUAUUGGAGGAGCCAAAUAUACUUACUAUUGUCUUAAAAAGAUUUCAGUCUCGAAACUUUGGGAAGUUAAAUAAAUCAGUUCAGUUCCCUGAUGUCCUCAACAUAGCUCCAUAUAUGAGUGAAACUGGCGACAGAUCUCCUGUGUACAGUCUCUAUGCAGUGGUUGUUCACUUGGAUGUUACGCAUGCUGCAUUUUCUGGUCAUUAUGUUUGUUAUGUGAAGGAUUCUCAUGGGGAGUGGUUCAGAAUUGAUGACAGCAGUGUUAUGCCUGUAGAGUUGGAGGUGGUCUUAUUACAAGAGGCAUACAUGCUCUUGUAUGCAAGGCACUCUCCACGGCCUCCAACUUUGAUGAGAAAUAAUGUGGUGUGUCAUGGUGUGAAGUCCAAGAGGAGGAGUUGGGAAGCUGUUCCUUCUGGCCAUAAUGCUUCCAAGCAGAAAUCUAAAUCUGAUAUUCCAGCUAGGCAAAAGUUUGGUUUAACCAACAAUCAGAUGCCUUAUGGAGAUGAAUGGAGAUAUCAGUCAAUGCGAAGAAUUCCAACUGUAGAUUCAUUAAGUGAAAGUUCUUCCAUUUUCAGCUGGUCCGAUGCCAGUUCUUGCAGCACAGCUAGUACGAAGGAUUCUUCAAGGAGUGAGGACUUAACUGAUUUCAUAUUUGGUGAAAUGGGACCUAGCUGGUACAGCCGCUAUGGGAUUUUAUCAGACUCGGUUACAUCUUCCUCGCAGAACUUCAACACAGACCCAGAUGACUGGAGAGAGGGUUGGAGACAAGAUGGAAACCCUGAAAUUUUGGAUACUGACUCAAUUGAACAUUAUGAAAACUUAAGCCACCGGUUUGUUAGUAAUAGCAGAAAGGGCGUUAAUUCUGACAAUGUAUUCUCGGCUAAUCCUUAUGAUGUAAGAUUAAGGAGAGCAAGUGACAAUACGUCAGCUCAAACGUUUUAUCGAGGUUUGAGUUGAUAUUAAAUUAAGCAAUCUAUUGAAAUAUA